UCAACAUUUUUCAAUAAUUUUUUGAAUAACUCAUAAAGUGCGUGCGUUGGCUUUGCAGACGCGGCGCUUAACAUGUGAGGUUAAAGCAGACAAACAUCCAACAGCAACAAAUAUUAAGAUACAAUUUAAACAGUGUUUAACUAAACAAAUAUAACAAAGUGUCGUGCUUAAUUCCUUAAAGAUUGUUAAUGAACUCACAUAUUAUGGAUUCACGUAUGCUAAAUGUGUUUCACGAGGAUCCUUUCGAGGGGAACUUUGUCAAAUAUGAUCCAGAGCCGAAUUUCUGGUCUACCAAUGAUGAUUUGCAGUUGACGGACACACUGAAUGGCAUCCUGCCCAUUGACCCCACAGAUGAAUCACUGCUCAGCCAAAGUGAGACAGAGGUGCAGCUACAGAAUAGUAAAAACUUGCUCAUCUAUAGCGAUUUUAUGGAUCAUCAGCUGAGCGACGAUGCUCACGUGCUCAAUGAUCAACAGCGUAAGCUGAGUGCACUAAUCGAUUUGGAUGAGGAGGAGGAUGAGGCUGUUGCCGUCAUUAGACUAAAGGGCGACGAUGACGUGCAUAGCCAGUGCAGCAAUUCAACAUUUCGGACACGCACCGACAGUUCUUCCAUUGGAGAUUAUGAGUCGCACUCAAGCGACUACGAUGAUGAGAUUGAGGGCGUCAAUGAUGAAUGUCUGCUAUCCACCGAUGAAUUUGCAAUGCAGGAAGAGCGCAAGAAUCGCACGCUUAGCACCAACACAAUUGGCUCCGAUGCGGAUGCGUUUGGUCUGAACAUUGAUGUGAACAACUUUGAUUUGGCCGAAUUUAUCACUAAAGAUGAUUUCACAACAAAUGCAGCAGUUGCCGCAAUUCCUAUCAAAUUCCAAACAGCCAUAGUCAAACUCAAGACACAGCCAACCAUUGCAGCUAAAAGACCAGUCGCUCCGCUGCCCAAGGCCGAGAUUAUAUCUUCCAAGAGUCGCGACUCUGAUUAUGACUCCGAUUCCAUCAUCGAUGUGGAGACCGUCGAUGUGGAUGAGUCUCGGUGGGUGGCCAGACAAGCUGUAGAAAACUCUGCGGCUGCAGAUGAUUUAUGCUAUGUGGACAAUGUUAAGGAUGAUCCAUCAUGGUGUCCCAAGCAGCAGGCUAAGCGGUUAGUCGCCGCUGAGCACAAGACACCGACGCCGACCAAUCCGAUGGCAUCCAAGGUAACAGUCGCUCUAGCAGUACCUUCACAGGCAAGCACAGCAAAGCCAAAGGCAACCAACAACAUUUGCCUGGUGCCCAACAAAAAGCAGUGCGACUUUCUUAAGCGCAAAGUGGGCGCCAAGAUGGUGGGCAACCACAGCAUGCCCAUCAAAUCCAAAGUGUCGGCUAAGAAAAUUCAUGAGGCUACCAAAUCCACAACUCCCAAGCAGCAGACCAAGCCGGCGGAGUUGCCGGCCACGAGGCCUGCAGGCCUGGGAUUGGGCGGCAAGAAUUUGGCGCUGCUUAAGCAAGAGCGCGAUGCGUCCACUGACGCGGUCCAUCCUGUUGCAGCAACGAUUGCGCCCAAGCGCAAGCUCAACCUCGAGGAAUACAAGCAACGGCGCUGUGGAACAAUUUUACCUGUAAGACCGACGACGAUAACGCCGGCAUCUGUGCCAUCCAAGCAGGCCAAAGUGGAGACGAGCAAAGUGUUGGGCACAGCACCUGGGCAGAAGGCGCAUCCAUCACCCCAAAAGGCGGCCAUUAGCAGCAUUGUCAACAGUCUAAAGAGCCCAGUGGUGCAGGCAGCAGUUCCCACAGAUCCCAUUACAGCUGCCAAGAACAAAGUGCUCCGCAUGCUGGAGAUAAAGCGUGCGCAGCAGCUGAAGAUUAUAGAUUCGCGGGUUACGGCUAAGGUGCCACGUGUCACAAAACUGCCGCCGCUCAAGGACAUUGUUAAGGACACCUAUUACAUGAUUGAGUCUGAGUCGCAGCCAGAGACAGCACCUACACAGGUCGCGGGGAACAGCAAACUGCUGGCCGACUAUGAGGAGAUCAUCAUCGUGUCAACCAGUUGCAAUACAGACAUUACGAUACCGCCGCUUCAAGCAAGUGUUGCGCUCCGGGACAACAGGACAACCACACCAUCGUCGCGCUCGCUGCUGAAAUCGUCGGUGCUGUUGUACAACAUAUCGAACGGUAACGAGGCGGGCAAGGAUAUGACAAACUCACUGAUAGCCAGCAUACAGUGUGAGGUGGUCAAGCAGACCAAUUGUGUUGCGCUAGCAACAACGGCAACAACAGCAGCAACAGCCAGUACAGGAGUUAAGUCUUCGGAUAAGAAUACACAGCAUGGCGAAGAUAUGGUCAUCAUGCAUCUGGCCAAGAAUCGGGUGCGCAAGCGUAUGGUCUCCAUGGGCACCCAAACGGAACUGCAACCCGAAUUUCCACUACUGACGUUGCCAACGACGCGUCAAUCGCGUGAACGGACGCGUCGUGUGUAUCGCAAACGUCUCCACGAAGGCAACGCAUCAAAUGACUCCAGCUGCAGCUCAUCCUCAGCAUGUAGCAGUAUAGCCUCGUAUCGUUCCCGUUCCAAUUCCAAUUCAAUGGAACGUUUGCGCCACUCGGACGCAACAGCUGCCUGCGGCAGCAGCAUCGGCGGUGGCGGUUAUUCAUCGCGCAGCACACGUCGCCAUCGCAGUUCGGUGAGUUCCUCGUCCUAUUCGGAGGCUGGCAAGUACGAGCGCCAGCAGCGCCAACGUCGCACUAGCUACAACAAGCGACGUUUUAAAAAUCGGGCACAUGACACUUGCUCCACUUCGGGUUCAGAGUACAGUGAUCGGGAGCGCAGUCGCAGUCCGCAGCGACGCUCACGUUCGCGUUCCACGUCUGCCACACGCUUUGGCAACAAUAACAAGUGCAACAACAAUAGUAACAACAACAAUAGACGUGGAUUUGUUGAUCGCAAUGUAUCACAGCCGGCUGUCGAGGAGCGUCGCAUCGUCUACGUGGGCCGAAUUGAGCCGGAUACCAACAAGGAGCAGCUGCGUCGCAAAUUUCUACCCUAUGGCAGCAUCAAACAAAUAACGAUACACUACAAAGAGAAUGGCAUGAAGUAUGGCUUUGUGACCUUUGAACGUGCGCAGGACGCAUUUACGGCCAUAGACACGAGUGCCAGGGAUGCCCAAAUCAAUAUGUAUGACAUUAGCUUUGGCGGACGACGCGCAUUCUGUCGCGCUUCGUAUGCAGAUUUGGACAAUGCGGGCAUCAACAACUACCAUUCGUACGUGUUUCCCAAGGCAGCACCAGCACAAGCACCACAGGAGGAUUCGUUUGAGGCACUCUUGCUCAAAGUGAAGGCAAAGUUAAAUGCCGGCAAGCCAGCUGCAUCCGUUCAAACAACGCCAGCAGACCAAGAAGCUGUAACACCAACACCAACUGCAGUUGCCAAUUUGGACGGCGAUAAUAAAAACCAAAAUAUGAAUAACAGUCAAAUUUGACAUCUUUGCUGCAUUUUGCAGAUUGAUGUAUUGUUAUUUUUAUGAUUUGCCAGAAGUUUUUCAGUUCAUAUUUAGUAUCCCUACAACGAUUUUCUUUUUGUAUAGACCCUGAAGUUUCUAACUGCUCAACCGAAAGCCUGAUUAUCAUUCAUAACUCUUCAUUAUUAUUUAUUAUAAAAUAGUUGACAAUACACACACCCUACACACACAAAGUACACACAUGAAACAUGUACAAUUCGCGCUGGGAUAAUUUAUAAAUUUGAUUAGUGCAGAGAUUUGUCGAGUUUACAACCUACAGCGAAUUAACAAAUAUGAAAUUACUAAAUGAAAUUGUGAUAAACGCGUAAUGCAUACAAAGUCAUUGAUUGCAUAUAAGUUAGCUGAAGCCACAUACAGAAAUUAAUAUUGUAAAAAUAAAAGAAGAUGAAACAAUUGAAA